AUGAUUAAGCUCGUUGAUCAAGUUGUACGCAGUUUCAAAGUGGCUAAAGUGUUCCGUGAGAAUACUGACAAAAUAAACAGCAUUGAUUUUUCGCCUAGUGGAGAGACGCUUAUAUCAUGUAGUGAAGAUGACCAAAUAGUAAUUUAUGACUGCGAAAAGGGAACACAAAUGAUAACAGUCAAUAGUAAAAAGUAUGGUGUUGAUUUAAUACAUUUUACUCACGCAAAAAACACAGCAAUUCACAGCUCGACAAAAGUUGAUGAUACUAUCAGAUAUCUUUCUCUGCAUGACAACAAGUAUAUUAGAUAUUUCCCUGGACAUACGAAGAAAGUUGUAACAUUAUGUUUAUCCCCUGUAGAAGAUACAUUUUUAUCAGGAUCUUUAGAUAAAACUUUGCGUCUAUGGGAUUUACGUUCUCCAAAUUGCCAAGGUUUGAUGCAUUUGUCUGGAAGACCCGUAGCUGCGUAUGAUCCUGAGGGUUUGAUAUUUGCAGCUGGUGUUAAUUCUGAGAGUAUAAAAUUAUAUGAUUUACGUUCAUUUGAUAAAGGCCCCUUUGUUACUUUUAAAUUGAAUCAGGAAAAAGAAUGUGAUUGGACAGGAUUAAAGUUUUCAAGGGAUGGGAAAACUAUGCUUAUAAGCACGAAUGGUUCAAUAAUAAGAUUAGUUGAUGCAUAUCAUGGGACUCCACUACAGACAUUUACGGGACAUUUAAAUAACAAGGGCAUACCUAUAGAAGCAUCUUUUAGUCCAGAUUCACAGUACAUAUUUAGUGGCUCUACAGAUGGCAGAGUACAUGUUUGGAAUGCAGACACUGGAUAUAAAGUGUGUGUUUUAAAUGGUGAUCACCCUGCACCAAUUCAGUGUGUACAAUUUAAUCCUAAAUAUAUGCUGCUAGCAUCAGCAUGUACAAAUAUGGCAUUUUGGCUACCAACAAUAGAUGAUGUCUAA